AUGUCAGAAUGGGUACCGCCAUUACGAGUGAUUUCUGUGGUAACUUUACUGUCAUCAACGUUGGACCUGGUAGCUGAUUUUUUAUUAUGCAUCAAAAUAGCAGAAUUCUUGCCCAAUUUUCAAAAUGAAGUAGCGUUCUUGGCCGCUUAUGGUUAUUUUUUUUUCACCGGUGUUUCUGUAAUUGUUUACGUAUUUGAAAUGAGCGACGUUUGCUUGACGUUGAAAAACGAUUACGAGAAUAUCUUCAUGGCGCGACUAGCUAAAUCACUAGUGCUUGCUGCGGAAGAAGUUCCACUGCCAAUUUUUUUAAAUAUUCUAUUCACUUAUGAACCACGUAUGUCUAUAGCAAAUCCAGCUUACCUUGCAUCCUGGAUUAAAUUAAUAGCAUUAACAUGGGGCAUUGUCAAAUUUACAAAAUUACGAUUUUUUUGGUGUUGUUUACCGUUGAAUCCGAAACAUGACACCAUGGAAAAUUUCCGACGAUGCUUUACUUGUACAUUAUAUCGCAUUACAAUGAUUUUUGUGAAUAUUUGUCAUAUCAUUGCUAUACUCAUUGUUAUUAAUAAUAUUGUGCUAACCAGCAAAGGGGGCAAACGCAUCACAUACAGUAAAGUUUAAUU